AUAGGUGGCCAGUCUGGUGUCAUGGCGGGCCCUGAUGAGGUUCUCGGCUCGUUUUGACGAGGAGCAUCAACAAGGAAGGUAUACGGCAAAAAUUCGAGUAUAAAAACAAAGAUGCCGCUCGCCCUUGUGGCCUCAAGAUUCACUUCACCAGCACAGGCAUCCAAACAAAUCCCAUCCAAGGCUCAAGCAAACAAAUCCUAUUAAAAUUUCAGUCGCACCAAGCCCAUCCAGUCCGACUCGACAUCGCCGCCUUCCAAAAUGCAAUUCUCAAUCCUCGCCAUCCUCGCCGCCGCCGCCGCCGGAGUCACGGCCGCCCGGAACAAUGCCUGCGGUUACCACCUCGUCAACUCUGGAGCCUUUGUCCAGGCCGACAUCGCCUGGGCUACGUGUGGGAGGACCGACACGUGCGAGGGCAGGGAGUGGCACACCAUCUUCGCCUACAACCUGUCCGGGGAACCCAACGAGCCCAUCAUUAAGGCUUUCAGCUUUUGCGACAAGGGCUGCACCGAGGUCCCCAACUUCCAUGACCGGUGCAACUGAGAGGGACGUCGCUUGUUUCUGUGAAGGGGAUGGGGUUUGAGAAUUACAACAAAAUCUUUUGGUGUUCGCGAUGGGAGACCAGUCACUUUAAAAUACCUAACUAGGUAUACUUAUUACCUCUAAGAACAGCGGUAUUCACUAAUGCCCGGUAUUCGAACCUAUGGAUAUGCUUCGUGUCCGAGUGUCUGUCAUGUAUAACCCCAUUGUAGAGC